GAGCCGGUCACGAUCGCUUUUCGCGCGAGUAGCAGAUUGUUGGUCAGAGUUUUCAGAAAAUUAAUCUUUCACUAUGAGUUGCCCCUACGCUCACGACGGGUAAGAAAGUUCGAUCGAUAUCUUAAUGUGUUCGGAGUUUUACGAGUCGAUUCCGCUGUUGAAGUAUUUUGAUUUUGUAUGGUUUUGAUUCAGCAGGGAGAAUAUACCAGUCCGCAAGAAUGGCGACGAGAAACGGAUGUCUUAUGGAGAUUAUCUACAGGUUUGAGAUCGUUUUUGGUCCGUUUUUACGUAGAAUUUUUGGUUAAAACGGUAACCUUGCCUUGUACAUCUUUCGGUUGGCACAUUUAUCAAACAGUCGAUUGUUUGUUAUCGCCAUGAUUCUCGAAGUGAGCAUAUGUCUGAGUUUUACGCUUCUGUGAGCUCCCGUUAUGUAAAUCGCAUGCGUCCCUUGCGGGAAUACCUUAUUAGCCCUUGGUGAUUAAACUUUUCGUAUGUAAAUGCCAUUUGGAAACUCAUAACUUUUAGGAGUUUAUUGUACGAGUUAAGUCUUAACAAAGCGAUGGUUACAUCAUACAAACAUAACUGUGUUUGUAUCAAAUUUCUCGCGCCUGAUUGUUAUUUAUUUCUUGUUAUAAAAUCGCGGAGCACAUUUGGGAAGUGCAAUCAGUAUUUCUCAUGGUACCGUUCCUUUAUGUGAAUUAUUUAUAACUGGAGGUUAUGACAAGGAUUGUCGAAUAAAACACUGAUAAGAUGUUGCGAUCCUCUUUAAUAUCCACGUGGUGGCUCUCAUCUGGAAGGUGAUUUUUCGCAUCUGAAGUUUCUGAAGAGUAAAGGAGAUUUAAAUAUUUUGAAUGAGCUCAUUUUGAGUAUUAAAAGUGUCUUUAGAAAGGAGCAAAAUUCCGACAGUAUAAAGAGUUGUACAUGUACAAUAAGUAAAGAAAAUCGCUAAAACUUAAAACGAUGUUCAAUAACCUAGUUUUGCCUGUUCAAUAUCAUAUAUGGUGAUAUUUCGUACAUGGAAAUUACUUUUUGUGUAAUUUGGAAUGAAACGUCGUUAAAUUAUGUCUCUGAAGUGUGUUCCUGUUUAUCGCUAUUAAUUUUGAAUGAGUUUAUGAAACAAUCAGCAAAUUCCUGUUCAGAUAUCACAAGUUGUUUGUGUAUGUAUAACAUAAAUAGAUUUUAUGCAUGUAGUAAAAUGAUACAUGAUGUUUAUGUGAUGACAGUCAUGAACAAGAGUAGAGAAAAAAUAUGAUCAUUACUGCGCAAAUAUUAGAUUAGCUUUAAAAAAGCUUUUCCUCUUCAUGCAUUCUCAGAUAUGCAGGAUUCAUUGAAUUAAUUUUCUUGCAAUUUAUGAUAUUUCUGGUGUAAUUUUGUUCAAGUAGGUCAUAAAAUGAUAUCUUGUUGUGAUCUAUGACACACAUAAUGGAAGUUUAAUGCUACUGAAAUUUAUGAUAUCUGUAUAACUCUGAUUUCAUUUGUGGAAUUAUUUCAUGGAGGCUGAUGUAACAAAAUCUUAUUUUAUGUUAUUUAAUUUCUGUGUGUAUGUUGAAUAUUUAAUUUGGUACAAUUAGGAAGUUGACCCUCUAACUCCCAUGAGUGACCAAGACAGAAUUUCUCCUUUCAAUAUCAAUACAAUAUCAAGCAGGCAAGUGAUGAGAAUAAAGAAAAUAUCAAUUUGGGUGUAGUAAGUUGAUCCAAUACUAAAUUCUCCAAACUAAUGCUAUAAGAAUUGUACGAUUGAUAGUAAGGAGAACUACAAAUUUGAUCUGGGAGUUGAAGGGUUAAGUCAGAGUGUUUGAGAGUUUAUAGCAAAAUUUUCCAACUGAGUUCAGACUUUUAGAUGCAUUUGAAUCCUAGUCUCCUUCACUGCAGAUGUUUGGUCUCAUCAAAUACAAAUACAGGUGUUCUGUCUUGGUACAUGAUAUUUUGAUAGAGAAUGGGAUUAUUUUCUGCUGGCUCCGAUCAUAGCUGUUCUUUAUUCAAAAUUUUCCCUUCCUGCUUCUAUACAUUUUUAUACAAAUCAGAUCCAAGAUUUAGAUGUCAUUUAAAAUUUGUUACAAUGACCUGUGAUGACAUGUACAUUCUGUAACUUAAUUUUGCACAACAACUGUUUAAACACCAAAUUUUGUUUACAUUACUUAUCUCGAGGUUUGGUAGCUAAAGACCAGUACAAUUUAUGAUCUAGAACAGCUGGUGUGGGCGAGAGACUAUCUAUGCGAUUGGUUAGAUCCAGGUAAUCAUUACAGUCAAUUUCACUGAAAGACUUACUGUCUAACAAAGGCAGUGUAGUCAGUUUGUCUUCCACAUCAACUUUGGAUUCUACAUUGAGAAGUUUCCUGUUAUCGCCAAAAAUGUCUAUCUUCUGAUCUCGAUAGUUCUUUAGAGAUAUUUUUCUUGCUUUUGAGUAUUUUCUAUGUAUCUCUGAUGACAUUGUUGUUAGGCUUUGGUUUCUUAUUUUCAAAUCACGCUCAUUGCGGAGUUCUUUGGCUCGUUUUAUUAUACAAAAUUUACUUUCAGUAUCAAGUGUUGGUAGUGAGUAAUGGCAAGAAUCCUUCCCCUUUUUUUGAAGUGAAUUUUCUGGACUUACUUCAGGAAUUGGAGGUAAUAGUACUUUUUUAUCAUCUGGGCUUUUUUCUUGAUCUAUGAAAAGUUUCUCACUUGUCAGUGUGCUUUCUCUUGGGAGGCUCUCAUAACCUUUUCCAAUUUUUGCAAACUUCCUCUUGACCUUGGCAACAUCCAAUUCUUUGUCUGGAGAGGGAUGCACUUUUAACUUCUGGCUCUUUCUAAUUGUUUUGGCUCUGUUUUCUGACAGAGUUUUAGAUUGUGGGCCAUUUUUGUUUAUAUCCUCAACUUCUAGUUUUGACAAUUUUUCACUUGUUUUACUGUAACUUCUAAUCUUGCAUACAGUCUCAUGGCAUUUCUCAAUCCUCCUCUUUUCUGCAAAUUCAUAAGCACUAUCAGAAUCUUGCAUGCUUUCAUCCCCAGCUUUCAGUAUGCUCAUCACAUUUCUAAGUGUCUGUUGCACUUCAACAUUUUGCAUGAGUUCCACCUGAUUGAGUGUCUGAAGCCAUUUGCUGCGAUAGGUGUAUUUGGGGAGCUUGUGCCCCUGUGUGACUGUACCAAGUUUGGAUGCCCAUGAUCUUACUAUAUAGUUUGGAUCUUUACCACCAGUUGUAUAUUUGUCAAGUUCAGAUCUUGGUAAACUGUUCCUCAUGGUUUUUUCUUAAGCUCUUUGACAAGUAUCAAAGUUUGAUUCUUCAUUUUCUGUAUAAUUACAUAUGUGGCAUUAGCACUAGAUAGGGAUUAUUUCCUGACUGAGCUCUGUGGAAUUUGUCUUGAGAAUUAUGGUAAAGGAAACUUGAACCUGGCAGUGGGUAGGUUUUCUGUUUGCUUCUUUUGUCUGGAACACUCAAUACAACAACCAUACAUGUAGGUCCAUUAUCUUCUCUCUGUCACUGAACUUACAAUUGUUCAUUCCUAAAUAUCCUUUAUAAAGACCAGCUUGGACAGAUCUGUCUCUUGCUAAGGUUUCAACUUUAAAGGGAAUCUUGGUAGCUUGCUUUCGUUUAGAUAUUGAUGACUUCAGUGUUGCUGUCAGCAGACUUCUUAAACACACAAAGUAAUUGACUCUUAAUAAUGCACCAGUCAACAAAUCCGACAGCCUUAGAAACGUUAUGAAUAAAUUAUCAACUUUCGAUCCUUAAUUUGUUGACAUAGCAAUAUUCUCAGGGGAAUAGGCGAGCUAAUGACUAUUGCACAGUUCUUCAAUAAAGGGAUUAAAACUUUUGUUUAUUAUCUUCCUCUCACAGUUCCUCAUUAGGCAUAUGGAGACCAAAUAUGUAGCAAGCCAUUGUUUCAUCACAGGAAAUGAAAUUUUCCUUUGGAGUGGAGAACAAAAAUUUAUAGGAAAUCCAAUAAUAGGACAGAUGGUAUUUUUCACACCUAUGAAACUAUCAGGAGAAACUUUAUUUGUAAAGUGAGAGGUUUCCUUCCGUGGCAAGCAAGAUCGUCACGCUGUAUCACUCAGAGACAAGCAGUCAAAUAGACGCGCAGAAAACGCGUUAGAAUUAAAGCGCGCACUUUCUUGUAAAUUUCCCAAACGCUCCUCCAAAACGCGCUUAAUCGAAAUUUAUUAGCACGUGUAAGGUGUUGUUCAUUUGCAUGUUGAAUAUUGGUAACGUUAUAUUUCGGAUGCCAUUUUUCAGUAAACUACGGCGGCGAAUGUUACCGUUGUUUUAAAAGUUUCCUCUCUAUGCAUUAUUUUGUUUUUUAGCUUAACACUCUCCUUGAAUGCCAGAAGCCAGCAAGCACUAAGUUUGGUGAUGCAACCGUCCAUGAUGAGCUCCUUUUUAUUGUGGUUCAUCAAGGUACGUCUACACAAGCUUUUUUACCCAGGGCUCCGUGGCUCUUUCUAUGGAAGCUCAAGGGUGGACAGAAUGAGAUCUGAUCUAACGGAUAGCAGAGGUGGUGUCAGGAAUUUUUGAUGGAGGCGGGGGGGAGGGGUCCAGACUUUGGUUUAGAAAACACAGAAUUUUUUUCAGCUCGGUUAUUACCCCCUCGACUUGUUGAGAAAUCAUAAGCGAUCUUGCUGUUGCAUGAAUUUUGAUGUCAUGCAAGUUUGGAAAAAAAACCCACGGGACUGAAUUUAGGAGUGGAGUCCAGACCCCGAUCAUCCCUCUGGAUCUACCAUUGGAUAAUGAUGUCUCAGUGAAACAGCCUAUCGCACAGUAAUCGUUGAAAAGUAUUUUGAAAAUGAGCUUAAAUUGAUUAAUUAUUGGUACCUAUUUUUCCUUUAGCUUAUGAACUAUGGUUCAAGCAGAUUAUUCAUGAGUUGGACUCCAUCAGGGACAUUUUUACCUUUGAGGAAUUGGUAGGUUUAUUUCAGUUUUCUAGUUGUUAAGUUUAGCAUUCAUUUGUGUUUGUACAGUCAUGUUUACGUAUGUAACGAAUGGAUGGACGGAUUUGCGUUAGGAGUUCGGGCUUGAGAGUGCAGAGAAGCGCAUGGAGGGAAUUUUCUUAUCCUUUAGCGCAAGUUUCUACUAAAUCACCCGCGCGCCUCUCAGAUGGAGCACCCGCCACGCAAGCUAAGCAAGAGGGUAAUUCAUUCUUUAUCUAAGUGACUUGCACUGCAGCAAUGGAAGUCUGAAGGUUUGAAUCUGCUUAGCGCUAGGGAGGGGGGGGAGGGACAGGGGGCUGCUGAAAGUAAUGGAAAAAUGCAGAUAUUAAUUUAUCAUUGAUUUGGAAUCUCUUGUAAUAAAGAGCAAGAGACAGGAGUGUGAGAGAAAGCAGGGUAGGUACACGGGGUAUACUUAACUACUUGUUUGAUAUCCUGCUAGCGUCUUUGUUACUCUAAUCACGAGUGUGAUUGAAAAUUGACUUCAUUUACCUGUAUCUUGUGACACCCCGCGUUCAGUUUGUUUCUACGCAAAGGAGGACAAUCCGGUGGAGUACACGAAGUCGGUGCUUUAACUUAAAGUUUGUAAGAAAUUACCUUUUUUAUAACUCCGAUAAUGCUUGGUAUUUUCCCAGGGCACUGAUGAAAGAAAGAUGCUUGUUUUAAUCUCAAGACUGGGUCGCAUUGUACAGAUUCAAAAAGUGAGUCAUUGAAUUAAUUCUUGUCCAGAACUGAAAAUGUUUUUACUUGCCUGUUUGUUUUGACCCGAAUGAAUUUCAAUCCACCCUGCAUAAUUAUCGAUAAAAGAUGGGUUGGUAGUCUUUUCAUCGAUGAGGGAAUUUCUGCGUUAUUUUCAUUAGAAGACAUGUAAAGAUCUUCGAUUUUCAAAAACUAGCUUAUGCUCCCUAUAAUAAUGCAUGAUGAAGUGAAAUUUAGAUACUUGUAAUCAGCUUGGUUGAUUUUCCGUUUAUAUGUAUUAUUUUUUAGCUGUUACGUGAUCAGAUCAUGAUCUUAGAGACCAUGACUCCAUUGGAUUUUAUGGAAUUCAGGUCAGUCACUAACCAACAUCCCUGUCGAUCAAGUACAGUUUUCUGGCGAACUCUGAUCUUUCAAGCCGUAACGGACUUCUUUCUUUCUCAGGGUUAAAAAUUUCAUAUUUCUUAGUUGGAAUUGAAGAUUUUAGAUCCUUUUGGUUUAUUUCUGAAGAACUGGAACGGAACAUCUUCUGAAUGUACUUCAUUUGUUUUACAAAUCUAAUUGCAAACUUUAACAUUUGAAAGUGUUGAACGGGAAAUAACAGGAUGAUGAAAGGUGUCUCGUUUGAAGAUGGAUAAAUCUUUUCUUUUCUUUUUUUUCUUUUACUUUUCUGGCCUCUAGAGAUUACUUAGCACCCGCGUCAGGAUUUCAGAGUCUCCAGUUCAGGUUGAUUGAGAAUAAACUUGGCAUUAACAAGGUAUGUAUGAUCAGUAUGCAUAUUCUCCAUAGUAAUCCCUUGACAUUUCCCAGGGUUCUGAAAAGGAGAAUUUGUUCAACAAUCAAGAGCCUCUUUAGUUGGUGAUCAUCUCCUUUAUUCUCAUGACCUUAAUGUUUGAUUCAGGGGGGAUGUUGUAAGGAGAAUUUAGAUAUUAGUCAUUCUUAGGGGUUAAAGAGUUAACAAAUUUUGAACAUACCCCACGGCAGUACACUUGAGAACAGAAAGACUCUGAGUUUUCUUCAGGGUGAAGUAAGAAUUACUCUGGCCUUGUUUAUGAAAAUUUUGGAAAGGAACCCAAUAAAUAAUCGAGAUAAAGAAUCUUAAGUGUCCAGACGUACAGUGGCAAGGACUUGAUCAUAGCUGAAAGAGCGCUAUUGCCAUGCCGUGGGGAUAAAGGAAUUAAUAAAAUCUAUAACUUUUGUUUAUGUUGUUGUUUUGGUUUUCUUUUCGUAAACAGACUCACAGAAUCCGCUACAAUUACCAGGAUUACAGGUGCGUGGGAAUGAAAUUUUAAUUGUGUCUUAGUUCAAUGCACCUUUGUUUGAACCCAUGAAAGCUUCCUUCGUAGUCUUUCAUGAUUAUGGCAUUACCCUAUCUUAGCGAACUCCAGCUUUCUGAGCUAUUCCUAUGCUUUUCCUGGAAGACUCAAGCACCUGAACUUAUGAUAUGAAAUCCAUCAUGACAUCGUGCAAACUCUGCGGUGUACUCAAGUAAAUUUUGUGCGAAGAAUCCCUCUCCCCAGAUUUCACAUACCACUUGUUCCUGAGGUAUAACAUUAAAUUUACUAGAAAAAAAAUUCUUAUGGCAAGGGACGUCAAAUGAAUGGUAUUUGUAUAAAAAUUUGUGAACACUUUUCUCUUUAGUAACCGCCUAAAUCAAAUCAGCCUUUUUAACGGUUGUAAAUUUGUUAGUGGAAGUUUUCCUCAUCCUUUCUAUGCCUUGACCCUUUCACCUCUAAGAGUGAUAAACAUCUAAUUUCUUCUUGCAAUAUCUCCCCUGAUUAUAUCCUGAUUAUUCACAGGAAUAAAGGAAAUGAUCACCAACGAAAAAAGGUCUUGAUUGUUAAACAAAUUCUCAUUGUCAGCACCUUAAGAAAUGAAUUAUGAACAGUAUGGAGAAUAUGCAUACUGAUAGUAGGGCGUAAAGAGUUAGCUCUUAAAAUCCUUACCCUUCCAUUUGCUCUUAAACUUAAAAAUUAUACGUAUACCCCCUUCCACCGAAUAGGAAUGAACGUAAUCGUUAUUACUUUUUCGUUGAAGGCGCCAAUUCUUUGUUGGCUACACAAAAUAUUUAUUUCUUGUUCGAAUGUAUUAUUUGCUACUCCUUUUGCUGCAUUUUGUUCUUUGUUGUGGUUUAUUCUUUAAAUUUAAAUUUCAGUAAGGCAUUCGAUUCGCAAGAUGGGAAGCAGCUUGAAGAAUCUGAAAGCACGGCUUCACUGCUAGAACUCGUCCAGGUGGGUUUUGUUAACAAACCGACCUGUCAUUUUGUGAUGUGAAAAAGCGGACAAGUUUUCACUCCGUAAUUUUUUAGUUCUUCCAGUGGCUGAAAGCUUUCAUAAAGCCUGUGCCUGGUCGUCCACAUACGUAUCUAACUUAAAUAGAAUUUACUACCUGUAAAAGCGAGCUGUGCGGGCUAUCACCAACUCAGACUAUCGAGCCCAUUCCGCUCCUUUAUUCUCCAACUAGGAAUUUUAGAUAUUUUCCAAGUCAAUACGUUUGAAAUCGCCAAAUUCAUGUUUUAUUAUAGAAAUAACUUAUUGCCUCCAUUGCUUCUCAAUCUUUUUGUAACGAAUAGCCAAAUUCACAACUAUGGUACCAGAACAGCUAGUAAUUAUCGAACUAAUUUGUGCCGUACAAAUCUCAAGCAAUUUACAAUUCUUUACCAAGGUCCUAAAAUUUGGAACUCUCUUCCUGUUUCAGUCACUCGUUCGUCAAACCUUCUUAGUUUUAAGACGAAAAUGCAAGAGUUUUUACUUAAAUAAUCCUUGAAUUGGCCUAGCCGCACAUUCGCAGCACUUUUUCUUUACUUUAUUUAUUAAUGUAAGUGAGGUGGCUCUCCCAUAAGCCCGGUGGCUUCCUGGGUCUCCUCGCCUUCUAGCUAUAACCGCUGUAAAUAAAAUUUUUUGUAUUAUGUAAAUAAGGCAAAUAAAAGAAUAUGAUGAUAAAACUCUCGAAUCUUCCCAAAACUGUUCCUGAAGACAAGAUGACUUUUUGGUUCUUUGAGACUGUUUGCGAUUUUGUUUACAAAUCAGAGUCUUGCAACAUGGAUUUAUUUUUUCUUACCUUCAGUGUUGGUUGGAGAGGACUCCUGGCCUGGAAGAGGAUGGCUUUGAUUUCUGGAGGAAAUACAAGACAAGUGUUCAAACAAUGCUUGAAACUCAGAAGGCCGAGGCUGAGGUUUGUUUGUCCUUUAGAUGUUUUAAAUUACCGUCAUAGCUGUUUCGGCAGAUUUGCGCGAAAACCGACAAGUCUUCUUAUGUUCUCCUUCACAAAACUUCGUUUUGAGUACACGGGGAACACGGAAACUUGCAGAAAACGAUGCGGAAAGGCUGAGAAUCUUUUGUCUAAGCUCAAUACGAUAAACACAGCUGCAUCUGCUUCUUUUUCGAAAUUUUUCAAACAAUUUGUGGCAUGCAUUUUACAGGCUGAAGAAGACGAAGAGGUGCGAGCGGUUUUGUUCAAAGAGAUCAAAAAGCAAGAGGUAGGCCAUGCGAUUUUUUGUUCUCUCAUAUGUAACCUUGAGGUCAUUCGUCGUUAGGUUUCGCAAAUACGCCUCUUAAUCAACUAAAACGUAGUUAUGUUUCCUUUGGUUUAAGGUAGUGAAAAGUAAUCACAUGUUUGUAUCAAACGUUUUGUCAACAGGAUCAUUUUGAAACAAUCUUUAGUGAGGAGAGGCAUAACCAACUUGUGGCUCGAGGUAAACUGUUAUUAAGCUCCUCGGCCUUGUUAUCCUCUCAUAAGACCCAGAAAACAGCCUUUCAGUAGAGAGAUACUAAUUAGAAAUAAUAACUUGGCUGGGGAGUGGAAUACCAAAAUAUAGAAGAUAAAUUUUAUUAGGAACAAACUGGGUUUAGAUGAAGCAGAUGAGGGCGAGUUUUUACCACUCGAAUCUCAACGUAACCAUCCUUUGGUGAGUGGCUUUUACCAGAGGGUAAUUUAGCAUUGAGCAUAUUUGAUUCGCUCCGACGAAGGGCUAACGCUUGAUAGGUCAGCUUUGUAACUCUAUAAGGAGGACAAUUUACGUUAUCAACUCAAUUGACAAAACUGAAUUACCCUGUGAUACUCUUCCACCGACGCAGCACCACAGCUUCUUUAGAAACUUACCCCUUUUUUGGGGGGGGCCUUUUUGUUUUCACCAGUUUUGUAUUAGUCGACCUUUAAGUUCAGUUGCAAGCGACGGCACCAAACGUCUCGUUGAGUAAAAAUAAAAAAUUCAGGCUGCAGCGUUGUUGAAUGAAUAACCAUUCGCGUAACUUGAACAUUUAGAGAAUGGUGUGACGGUAUGACAUCAGUGGUAUUAUAAAAUAUUCAAGUGUAUGAGGACCGAUCAAUUUUCUUGCUUUGUUACAGGCGAAAGAAGGUUUUCCCAUAAAGCCAUGCAGGGGGCAUUGAUGAUUUACUUUUAUCGGUGAGAAUUUAAAUGCUUUAUCCUGCUUCAUUCGUUUAGUUUCAUUGGCACGAUGGCUAAUGAAUUAGCCGCACCCGGUUCUUUAGACAGAUGGUGUUCCCCAACUUUCAAGAGUAUGGAGGGUCGAGGCAGGGGGGGAGGGGGGGGGGAAGGUGCCAAGUAGAUCAUAUACCGCACAAAGGCUUAUAUGGAAUAUAAAACCAGGUUAAAUUUUCGGGGCGGCAAUUCUCCCGGUCAGGUCUUGCUUUGCCUUUCUCUUUCAUCUUACUAGAAAUCCUUUUUUUUAAGAUCCCAUCAUUCGAAGCAUGGGUAAUACUUGGAUAAUAGCUCAGUUUAUUCAGCAAAACUCUAAGGGAUUUGGUUAGGAUUGCCUUCAAUUUUUUUUUGUUCUUUUUGCAGCCAUCUCGUUUUCAAAGCCUAACUUCUAUAAAAUUUAACAAGUUGUUCUUAUACGUCUGUUUCUCCAGGGACGAACCUCGAUUUAACCAACCUUUUCAAAUUCUUCAACUGCUGAUGGACAUCGACUCAAAUUUAAUCAAAUGGCGAUGUAAGUCUAGUUCACAAUCGUUUAGUCCGGUAGUUAAAAUAACGUUGGAGGCAUCCAUUUCAAAUUGGCUGCAGAAUAUUAUUUAAAUCUCUGAAUAGUCACCGGAGAUUGGUUCAUGAUAGAAUCACCUUUUGACUCGAUAAUUGGGUUUGUGUUGCCCAUUCCGAAUGUUAGUUAGAGACGCUAAUCACAGUGGAGCGUUGCAAACUUGAGUUAACAGGUUCCGACUGUGUGCACGCUUAGCAGACCUAUUCGUUUUGCUUUACAGACAAUCACUUGAUGAUGGUUCAGCGGAUGAUUGGCAGUAAAAUGGGGACUGGCGGAACGUCUGGAUACCAGUACCUCAGGUCCACGGUCAGGUUGGUCUACACAGACGACGAUUUCAGUCUUUGGUGCUCAUUUAUUUUUUUUUUUAAUUUUUCCUCGAAUAAUUCAGUUUUACCUUGAAAUAACUUAUUCUUUUCCUUUCCAGUGAUCGUUACAAGGUUUUCGUUGACUUGUUUAACUUGUCCAAUUUCCUGAUACCACGUGAUCAAAUUCCGCCACUAAGCUCCUCCAUGAAGGCGCGCCUGCGCACUGCGCUGGUUGGAGGUCGGCUGCACGACAGUGACAGUGCUCACUUUAGCGACAGCAGUGAAGAUGAUCAGGUGUCAGCCCUUUCCUCCCUUGUCAAGAACGCGGGCAUUACAGGUGCACCAACUGUCGACACCGAAGGAGACGAAGUGGCAAGUAGCAAUUAGUCUGAAGUGUUACCCAUUCAAAAUGAUUUUUGGGAUUCUUCCAACGAGAGAGUAUUUCAUAUAGUAGUCAUUUCGAAAAUAUGUGUUCCAGGAACUUAAUUUUGUAUAACUUCCGCGACUCGAUUUUCAUUGACAAAAUGUUUUUCGCUUUUUCCCUUCCUGGAAAAAAAAGGUUUAUUUGACCGAAUACGUAUAAUUUUAUUAGGAUAAAAUUUUGAAACGGCUCAUGAAGAGCUGCAGGAGCAGAAUUUAGUUGUUUGAAAUCGGAAUCCUACUAUUUCGAUAUAUUUGUAAAUACAACAGUAUAUAGUUUGUUAGGUUUGAAGUUGUAGUCACGGCAUUGUGGAAUUAGUUGUAUUUAAUUUGACCGCAACAUUUUUCUGAAUUGGCUUCCCAUAUUCAAAAGUAAAUUACAUAUAUACAUAAAAAUAAAUAUGCUUUAGCUAAGACAGCCAAGAAAUUUUCUAUCCCCGUUUUUAAGUGCUUUUUUUGAUAUUUGCAACGGAAACGAUAAAGCAAAGAUACCAUUUGUAACUCGUUUUUAUAUUUAAUGACAAUGCUAUUCUGAUGGAAAAUAUUGUUGAUAAGGCAUGUAAUAUUUCAGGUGUAUUUCGUAAUAUUUAAUAAAAUGCGCUUUAAUAAAGAUACUCUUUUCAGGAC